UCUUUUACUGUGUGGUCUUCACCGUGUCGGGGCUUUACGGAGCGGCAGUCUGUGCGGAAGUUCUUUCAUCCUGCAGGAGAAGAAGAAGAAGUGAAAAAAGAAGAAGCAGAAGAAGAAGAGAGGCCUCUCUUCCGUCUCGUCUCUCCGCCUGAAACACAACAAUCCUCCGGCCCGGACCCUCCGGACGCCCCCGGGGACUCACGCACACCCGCGGCCGAGAACAGAGCGUCUCCGCCGGCCUCCGGACCCUCGGUGAGUCGGGCCAUGGCGAGGCCGAGCCACAGCGACCACGUCCUCCAGCAGCUCAACAACCAGCGCGAGUGGGGCUUCCUGUGCGACUGCCUCAUCGCCAUCGGCGACAUCUACUUCCGCGCGCACAAAGCCGUGCUGGCGGCGUGCAGCUCCUACUUCCGCAUGACGUUCAUCCGGGAGCAGCAGGCUGCCGGCGGCGGCGGCGGCGGGCGCCUGGACCUCAGCAACAUGGCCAUCAGCGCCGAGUGCUUCGACCUCAUCCUGCAGCUCAUGUACCUCGGGCGCAUCGUCGUCGGGGGUUACGAGUUCGAGGAGCUGAAGGCGUCCAUGGCGACGCUGCAGAUGUACUACAUCCCCGACUCGCUGGACGACCUGCGAGACAUCCGCAGCGCCAACAUCACGCCCUCGUCCACGGCUUCCUCCUCCUCGUCUUCCUCGUCUGCCGGCGGCGGCGCGGUUGCCGCGGGGAAGAUGAUGUUCGGCGUGCGCAUGUACGAGCAGCAGAGGGCGGCGGGCGAAGGCGGGGCCACGGCCGAGAGGAGAGGCGCCGGCGGGCGAAUGGACCUGGUCGAACCCAAAGCCGUUCAGCUCCGGAGAGCGCCGGUCUGUAAGGGCGAGGACGAGGCGGAGCGAGACGGCGAGCCCGGCGGCGUCUGCGUGAAGACGGAGCCCGAAGAAGAGAACGCAUUCGCUGAGAUCGAGGUGGUCAGGGGAACGCUGCCGGGAGCCCUGAGUGGCGGCGAGCCUUUGGACGGAGGCCACGCCCACGUGCCGAGCGGCGACGACUCGGGAAUCCCGGCGAAGCUGCGUCGAGUCAAAGAGGAGAAGCCGGAGCAGCAGGACGGCGGCUGCGCUCCGUGUGAACUGUGCGGCGCGGCGCUGACGGAGGAGAACAAGUCGGCGCACUACCUGUCGGACCACAUGGGCAACAUCUGCGCCUGCGGGCGCUGCCUCGCCAGAUCAGGACACUCACCAGGCUACCGAGGCGAGUCGGACUCUCCCGGCGAGGACGAGGCCUCUCUGCCGGAGGAUCCCUCGGGUGCUGACGGAGCGGAGGAAGGCGACCUGGCGUGCCCUCACUGCGGCGCUCUCUUCCAGAGCGAGAGCCUGGCGCUGGAGCACACCUUAUCCUGCCACGAGGAGCUCUUCCGCCCGCCGCUGUUGGAAGACGGCACCGCGGCCGCCGGCGGGGAACCGGACCACCGGCGCAAACACUUCUGCAGCAUCUGCGGCAAAGGCUUCUACCAGCGCUGCCACCUGCGCGAGCACUACACGGUGCACACCAAGGAGAAGCAGUUCAGCUGCCAGACCUGCGGGAAGCAGUUCCUGCGCGAGCGGCAGCUGAGGCUGCACACCGACAUGCACCGCGGCAUGGCGCGCUACGUCUGCCCCGUGUGCGACCAGGGAACCUUCCUCAAACACGACCACGUGCGCCACAUGAUCUCCCACCUGGCGGCCGGGGAAACCAUCUGCCAGGUGUGUUUCCAGAUCUUCCCCGGCGGCGAGCAGCUGGAGAAACACAUGGACGUGCACCUGUACAUCUGCGGCGUUUGCGGCGAGAAGUUCCGCCUACGGAAAGACAUGCGGAGCCACUACAACGCCAAGCACACCAAGAGACUAUAGGAGACCUGGCCGCCGCCGCCGCAUCCACUCGCCUUGGUUACUCUAAAUAAAGCCAUAAAUGUGAGAACAAAUGUUAUGCACUUGAACACCAAAAAGUAGAGCUGCAACUAUCGGUUAUUACUGUCACACCGUCGUCGAUGAGUCUGCCGUCUGUUUCCUCCGCUGGCUGCGUGGCCGGAGCGUGGCGUUUUCUAUGUCUUUGCACACCAGAAACUUGAUGAAAAUCGAUAAUUAUUCAUUAUUAUUUUUUAA